UUUUUUUGCUUGGUUUCGUAUCUUUUUAUAUAUUUGAUUUCACAUUUUUUUAUUUGAGCUUAGGUUAUAUAAUUUAAACCUUCCCACGCCUGAAACCAGAAAGAAUGUCGUAGGCAAAAAUGAACAAUGAAUAUUGAUAGCCUCCUCUGAAUCUGACCACCUACGCAAGAAAAUGAAGUCUCUUCAUUGGUUUUUGCUUCUUUUGAUCAUAGCUUUUACCGUUUUGAGAUCAGUCAAAGCUCAAAAUCAAGCAGGGUUCAUCAGCUUGGAUUGUGGGUUGGUGCCUAAGAACACAACUUAUACAGAGAAGACGACGAAUAUAACAUACAAAUCAGACGCGGAUUACAUCGAUAGUGGAUUGGUCGGGAAAAUCAAUGAUGCAUACAAGACUCAAUUUCAGCAACAGGUUUGGGCCUUGAGAAGCUUCCCUGUGGGUCAAAGAAACUGUUACAACGUCAACCUCACGGCAAAGAGCAAAUAUUUGAUCAGAGGAACCUUUGUGUAUGGGAAUUACGACGGUCUGAAUCAACUCCCGAGUUUUGAUCUUCACAUUGGUCCUAACAAAUGGUCUUCUGUUAAAAUACUAGGAGUAACAAAUACUUCUAUGCACGAGAUUAUCCAUGUUGUACCACAAGAUAGUCUUCAAGUUUGUCUUGUUAAGACCGGAUCGACGACACCAUUCAUUUCGUCGCUCGAAUUUCGUCCAUUGAACAAUGAAAGUUAUCUCACGCAAAGCGGAUCAUUGAUGUUGUUCGCCAGAAUUUACUUUCCAUCUAGUCCAUCAUCAUUCAUCAGGUAUGAUGAGGACAUACACGACCGAGCCUGGAAUGCAUUCUCAGAUGAUGAAACUGUCUCGAUAAGCACAGACCUCCCGAUCGAUACAAGUAACUCCUACGACAUGCCUCAAUCCGUGAUGAAGACAGCUGCUGUCCCUAAAAAUGCUAGUGAACCAUGGCUCUUGUGGUGGACACUUGAUGAAAUCACUGCACAGUCAUAUGUAUAUAUGCAUUUCGCCGAAAUCCAGAAUCUAACAACCAGUGAAAUCAGAGAAUUCAACAUUACUUACAAUGGUGGUUUACGUUGGUACAGCUAUUUUAGGCCUCCUAUAUUCAGCAUUUCAACGGUCUUUAAUCCAAGGGCAGUGAGUUCUUCGAAUGGGAUAUUUAAUUUCACAUUCGCAAUGACCGGUAACUCAACUCUGCCUCCCCUUCUCAACGCCCUCGAGAUUUAUACAGUCGUAGACCUUCUACAACUAGAGACAAACAAAGAUGACAUUUCUGCUAUGGUGAACAUCAAAGAAACCUAUGGUUUGAGCAAAAAGAUAAGCUGGCAAGGAGAUCCAUGUGCUCCUCAGUUUUAUCGGUGGGAAGGUUUAAAUUGCAGUUAUCCGGACGCCGAGGCAUCACGGAUCAUAUCCUUGAACUUGAAUGGGAGCGAGUUGACCGGUUCCAUAACAUCUGACAUAUCCAAGCUAACACAGUUGACAGUACUAGAUUUAUCAAAUAAUGAUUUAUCAGGAGAGAUUCCAGCAUUUUUUGCUGAUAUGAAGUCAUUGAAACUCAUAAACUUAAGUGGAAACCCGAAGCUUAAUCUCACAGCAAUUCCAGAAUCUCUUCAGCAAAGGGUAAACAACAAAUCUUUAACACUAAUCUUGGGUGAAAACCUGAAUCUUUCUCCCAAAAAAGAGAGUAAAAAGGUUCCGAUGGUUGCUAUCGCAGCGUCAGGGGCUGGCGUGUUCGCUCUGCUGGUUAUCUUCGCUAUAUUGUUUAUCAUUAAAAAGAAAAAUGCAAAAGCUAAUAAGUCUCCAGGACCACCCCCAUUAGUAACUCCCGGUAUAGUUAAAAGUGAGACAAGAUCAUCCAAUCCAUCAAUCAUGACAAGAGAACGCAGGAUCACGUAUCCCGAGGUACUGAAGAUGACUAAUAACUUCGAGAGAGUUCUUGGGAAAGGAGGCUUUGGAACAGUUUAUCAUGGAAACUUGGAUGGUGCUCAAGUGGCUGUGAAAAUGCUCUCUCAUUCAUCAGCUCAAGGUUAUAAAGAGUUCAAAGCAGAGGUUGAACUUCUUUUAAGAGUUCACCAUAGACAUUUGGUGGGACUUGUGGGUUACUGUGAUGAUGGAGAUAACUUAGCUCUGAUUUAUGAAUAUAUGGCAAAUGGAGACUUGAGGGAGAAUAUGUCAGGAAAAUGUGGAGGCAAUGUCCUUACUUGGGAAAACAGGAUGCACAUAGCUGUAGAGGCUGCACAAGGACUGGAGUAUCUGCACAAUGGAUGUAGGCCUCCUAUGGUCCAUAGAGAUGUAAAAACUACUAACAUCUUAUUGAAUGAGCGGUGUGGAGCGAAACUAGCCGAUUUUGGGCUUUCGAGAUCUUUCCCAAUCGAUGGUGAAUGUCAUGUCUCAACAGUGGUUGCGGGUACACCUGGUUACCUAGACCCGGAGUACUACAGAACAAACUGGCUAAGUGAGAAGAGUGACGUGUACAGCUUCGGUGUAGUGCUAUUAGAGAUAGUCACAAACCAGCCUGUGAUAGAUAAAACCCGAGAGAAACCUCACAUUAAUGAAUGGGUUGGGUUCAUGCUCACUAAAGGAGACAUCAAGAGCAUCGUUGACCCGAAACUGAUGGGGGACUAUGAUACAAACGGUGCAUGGAAGAUUGUGGAGCUAGCCCUAGCCUGUGUGAACCCGUCUUCAAACAGGAGACCAACAAUGGCACACGUUGUGAUGGAGCUAAACGAAUGUGUGGCCUUAGAAAAUGCAAGGCGACAGGGUAGUGAAGAGAUGUACUCAAUGGGUUCUGUUGACUAUAGUCUCUCUUCUGCUUCUGAAUUUGCUCCUGGAGCCAGAUAAGUUGAGAAUAUCAUUGAUAUAUGUGAUUUUAUUGGAAAGCUAUCUUGUUUUUAUUUCUUUUCUUUGUGAGUUUCACAAUGUAUGUUUUGAAGAAACAAUGUACAUUCUACCUUCUUGGGUGCAGGUGCUACCUUUGUGAUAAUAAAAUUACAAUGUGCCUAAA